UUCGACGUCGGCAGUUUGCAGCUCCUCGUUAAGGCAGGCCCCAGCGAGCGCCAUGUACGUCUCGGCGGAGGAAGGCCAGACGCAGCCCGAGCUGCAGUCGGAGCCGCAGCCCCUGGAGCAGGCGCAGGCGGAGGAGGCGCGCGGCCUGCAGUCGCCGGUGGCGGAGUUCUUCGGCGGCGCCUCGGUGCUGGUGACGGGCGGCACCGGCUUCCUGGGCAAGGUGCUCGUCGAGAAGCUGCUGCGCAGCUGCCCGCGCCUGCGCACCAUCUACCUGCUCGUCCGCACCAAGAAGGGCCGCGCGCCGCAGCAGCGCCUCGACCACCUCUUCUCCCAGCAGGUGUUCUCGCAGCUGCGGCCGUCGGUGCUGAAGAAGGUGGUGGCGGUGGCGGGGGACGCGGGCCUGGCGGACCUCGGCCUGAGCGCGGCCGACCGCGCCGAGCUGUGCAGACACGUGUCCGUCGUGUUCCACGCGGCCGCCACCGUCCGAUUCGACGAGCAGCUCGAGCUGGCCGCCGCCAUCAACGUCCGCGGCACGCACGAGGUGAUGCGCCUCGCCAGGGACAUGCCCAACCUCAAGGCGGUGGUGCACGUGUCGACGGCGUACUCGCAGUGCCGCGAGCGGCUGGUGGAGGAGCGCGUCUACGAGGCGCCGCUAGCGCCGUCGCAACUGCUCCACGUGGCGGACAUGGCCGACGGCGACGGAAAGGCGCCCGACAACAAGUGCGACGCCGACAUCUCAGGAGACGCGUUGCCGCUCGGCUACCCCAACACGUACACGCUGACCAAGGCGGUGGCCGAGCAGCUGGUGCGCGACGAGGGCUUCGGGCUGCCCGUGGCCAUCGUGCGGCCCUCCAUGGUGGUGGCGACCUCGCAGGAACCGGUGAUCGGCUGGAUCGACAACGUGUACGGCCCCACGGGCGUGUGUGUGGCGGCCACGCUGGGGCUGCUGCACGUGAUGCCGUGCGACAAGCACACCAUCGCCCACAUCGUGCCGUGCGACCUGGUCGUCAACUGCGUCAUCGCCGCCGCCUGGGACGUCGCCACCAACAGGUCGCCAGACAGCAAAGAGCCGAAGGUGUUCAACCUGGUGUCGGGCGACGCGCCGCUGCGCUGGGAGAACUUCAUGGCGCUCUACCAGCACUUCGGCAAGAAGGUGCCCCCGAUGUCGGCCGUGUGGAACUACUCCAUGUGCCUGACCACCAGCGCGCCGCUGGUCUUCUUCUACAAGUACGUCGUGCACAUGGUGCCGGCGGUCCUCGCAGACGCCGUACUCUUCCUCACGACCGGGAAACCCAAGAUGGUGGGCGCGUACCGGAAGAUCCACCGCCUCCUGGACGUGACGAGCUACUUCUGCACGCGGGAGUGGUCGUUCGACAACCGGCGCUGCAAGGCGCUGUGGUCGCGCCUGUCCCCCGUGGACCGCCAGCUCUUCCCUUUCGACAUGCGGGACUUCGACUGGGACACGUACUUCUACCGAUACGUGCGCGGCGUGCGCCUCUACAUCCUGAAGGAGGACAUGGCGAACGUCAACGAGGCUCUGCCACGCUGGCACAGGCUGAGGCGCGUCGACAGGGCAAUACGGGCAGUGGCCACGGCGCUCCUCCUGUGGCUGCUCUGGCGUCUGCUGGCGGCGCUGUUCUGGCAGUGACGUCACGGCACUGCUGUUACUUCGGCCGACUACUGUGAGCAGCCGUAGAGGAGACGACCAGAUGGCGGCGAGCCACCGACGCUUGGUCGUACCACACAAUGGUCAAGGAGACCGACUGCCGUGAAGGCGUUCUCUGGUAGACUCCUGUCAGCGCUCGACGACACGCCUGUGCAACACUGCAGCCUUUGGACAAACAACUGACGCUACAACGGUUGACACGGACGUCCUUCUACUCACCACACGUUUUUACCAUCGACAAGAAGAGACAGUUACUGUCCCUCGUGUACACAUACGCAUUUGCCCUGACUUAACUAAGACAUCAUAAUGCUUGUUUUCUUAUUUAUUCACUACUUUUAAUAGACUUUAAUUAAAGUAACAAACGCAGUGUGUGUGUGUGUGUGUGUGUCUCAGGAAAGUGGUUCAGCAAGUGUCCAGGUGCACGAACUAACAAUUUCUGGAGAGUGAAAUAAAAACGUAAUGUAGCUAAGAGCCUGGUCGCUGUUCUCUGUAACCUGGAAUAAGGCCAUUAGCCGCACACACUGAGAAAGUGCUUCUGUACAAUUGUUCUAUUUCUGUGCCGAAUAUUUGAACAAAGCUUCAAUAAACAGCAUCUUGCAGUUGUUUCC